AUGCUGCGCUCCACGUCCACCGUCACGCUGCUCUCCGGCGGCGGCGCCAAGGCGCCCGGGACGCCCAGCCGGAGGGCAAAUGUCUGCAGACUGCGGCUGACUGUCCCUCCUGAGGAUCCAGUUCCUGAGAAAAGUGAGAAGAAGAUUGAGAGAAAAGAUCAACCUCCUGACCUGAGCAAUGGAGAACAGAUCAGAAAACUUCCUCAAGGUGUUGUCUAUGGCGUGGUGCGAAGAUCAGAUCAAAAUCAGCAGAAAGAAAUGGUGGUGUAUGGGUGGUCCACCAAUCAGCUGAAAGAAGAGAUGAAUUACAUCAAAGAUGUGAGAGCCACUUUGGAGAAAGUAAGGAAGCGGAUGUAUGGAGACUAUGAUGAAAUGAGACAGAAGAUUCGUCAGCUCACACAGGAACUGUCGGUUUCACAAGCUCAACAGAACUAUCUAGAACAUCACAUACAAACUCAGUCUUCAGCCCUGGACAGUUUUAAUUCCAUGAACUCGGCUUUGACCUCAGAUUCCGUCAACCUGCAGAAAACUCUUGUGGAUGUCACUCUGGAAAACAGCAGCAUUAAGGACCAGAUCAGAAACUUGCAGCAGACAUAUGAGGCAUCCAUGGACAAGCUGCGGGAGAAGCAGAGGCUGCUCGACAUGGCCCAAGUGGAAAACCAGCUGUUGAAAAUGAAGGUGGAGUCCUCCCAGGAAGCCAACGCCGAGGUGCUGAGGGAGAUGGCCAGGAAGCUGUACAGCCAGUAUGAGGAGAAGCUGCAUGAGGAACAGCAGAAGCACAGCGCUGAGAAGGAAGCUCUCAUGGAAGAAACCAACAGUUUUCUGAAGGCAAUUGAGGAAGCCAACAAAAAGAUGCAAGCAGCAGAGAUUAGCCUAGAGGAAAAAGAUCAGCGAAUCGGGGAACUGGACAGGCUAAUUGAAUGCAUGGGAAAGGAACGCCAUCAACUGCAACUCCAGCUUGUAGAACAUGAAACAGAAAUGUCUGGGGAAGUUAUGAAUUCUGACAAGGAGAGGUAUCAGCAGCUGGAGGAGGCAUCUGCCAGCCUCCGAGAACGGAUCCGGCACCUUGAUGAUAUGGUACAUUGCCAACAGAAGAAGGUCAAGCAGAUGGUUGAGGAGAUUGAAUCACUGAAGAAAAAAGUGCAGCAGAAGCAACUCUUAAUAUUGCAGCUUUUAGAAAAGAUAUCUUUCUUAGAAGGAGAGAAUAAUGAACUACAGAGCAGGUUGGACUACUUAAUGGAAACACAGCCUAAGACUGAAGUGGAAACGAGAGAGAUUGGCGUGGGCUGUGAUCUUCUACCCAGCCAAGAAGAGAGAACUCGAGAAAUUGUGGUGCCUUCCCGGAACUAUACUCCAUACACAAGAGUCCUAGAGUUAGCUGCAAAGAAAAAUCUGACUUAAGCACUCCGACACUGCUCUUUUGAUAGACUCUGGAUC